GAAGAGAAGCGAAAGUCUUUUUCCCAGCCAUCUUGUGGCCUUUACUAGCGAGCUGUUCGCACCAAGCCUCGUAGAAUCGGAGGAGAAUCCUGCUGAAGGGGCGCCAUCAUGCCCGGACAUCUGCAAGAAGGCUUCGGCUGUGUCGUAACCAAUCGGUUCGACCAGUUAUUUGAUGAUGAAGAGGAUCCGUUCGAGUUAUUAAAGCAGGCAGAAACCAAGAAGAAGGACGCGCCCGCCCCGGGGGCCGCCAAGAGCGCGGCUCAGGCUGCCAAGCAGCCCAAGAAAGAGUCCCAGAAAGACAGGAGAGCCCCUCUUCCAGACAAGAAAGAGGAGCCACAGGCGCCUGUCCCCCUGAAGAAGGAAGGCAUGAGGCGAAUGGGUCGCCGCCCAGAGCAGCAAGGUCAGCAUGGUCAGCAGGGCUCCCAGCAGCAUCAGGGGGGUCAGGGCGAGGGUCGGCCUCAGGGAGAAGGGAGGCCUCAGGGCGAGGGUCGGCCUCAGGGCGAGGGUCGGCCUCAGGGAGAAAGGCGGCCUGACAGGAGGCCUCCACGUGAGCGCAGACCGGACAGACCUGCUGAUGAGAAGCCAGCUGAGGGCGGAGAGUUCUCUGUGGAAAAGACUGGUGGAGAGAGGCCAUUCAGAGGUCGUGGAGGCGGCAGAGGUGGACGUGGAGGACGAGGCAGAGGUGUUGGCCGAAGUGAUGGAUUUGACGUGCGCGGCAAACGGGAAUUUGACAGGCACAGCGGCAGUGAUCGUUCCAGCCUGAAAGCAGAGGAGAAGCGAGGAGGCAGUGGAUCUCACAACUGGGGUACUGUCAAGGAUGAAUUGAGUGAGCUUGACCAGUCAAAUGUCACGGAGGACACCCAUGAGGGAGAAGAGCACCCACCUGCUGACUCUGAGAACAAGGAAAAUGAGGCUGAAGAGGUGAAAGAGGAGGAGCCUAAGGAAAUGACUCUGGAUGAAUGGAAGGCCCAGCAGGAUAAAGAGAGAGCCAAGGUCUCAGACUUCAAAAUUCGUAAAGCCAACGAGGGAACUGACUGGAAGAAGGGGUUCCUGCUGCAUAAAUCUAAGGCCAAGGAUGCUCCUGCUGAUGAUGAAUCUGGUGAUCACCACUUCCGUAAGCCAGCCAAUGACAUCACGUCCCAGCUGGAGAUUAACUUUGGGGACCUUGGCCGCCCUGGACGUGGCCGUGGUGGCCAACGUGGAGGAAGAGGAGGCCGUGGAGCUGCUGCAGCUGCUGGUGGUGGUGGUGGUGGUGGUGGAAUUGCAAGACCACCUCGUGAGCGCAGGCCAGAUAAGGCAACCGGAGGUUCUGUCCCCGAUGUGGAUGACCCGGAGGCCUUCCCGGCCCUGGCUUAAGCUGCCGAUUGGUAGCUAUGAUCAGCCAUGCCACUGAGCCCCCUUCCCAGGGCCCUUCGCUACGAGGCUUGCAUGCUAAUGGAUCCUUCAGCAGAUGAAAUGAUGGAAGACUGUCAUCCAUCCCAUUCACCCCCUGAGGACUGAAUUUUACUUGUUUUAGAAAAAAAAGGAAAAAAUCUUACAAAAAAAAAGGAAGGACUUCUUGCUACUCAGAAGCAAAUUAUUGGUAGAGGUUUUGUAUUCAGUAUGAGGUAGCAGGGAUGUUUUCAUACAGUAUUUUUUUUCAGAGGUUAUGCAUUCAUGAAUACUUUUUGUACUGCUGCUUGAAAAUAUGCGUUUCCAAAUAGGUGUGAAGAGUGCAUCAGUUGGCUUGUGGUGGCCCUUGGCUUGCUUUCUUCUUAUGCCUUAGACACACUCUCUUCCUCUCCUUAGGGAUCACUCACAGGUGUCUGCUCAGAAUACCGGACUUUAAAGUGUUCUGUCUUUAAAAUGUUGUGUACAUUUUGGAGCGAGAUUUGAAGUCCCUGUGUAUACGGUAGGCUGUGUGUUUGGCCAGAGUACUACAGAGGUUAGCAUUCUUCUUUUUUGUCUUUCUUUGUGAGUUGAACUCUGGUUAGAAGUGCUAAACUCUGCAGGACUUUGGCUUGGAAGGAACCUGGUUUGUGAACCCUGCAGUAGGCCUUUAACAGAUUCGAUUAUGUCUUGAAUGAAGUAACAAGAAAUUUAAUUUGUAGCUUGAUGCCAAAAUAUUUGAUUAUACCUUCAUCAUGGCUAUUGAUAAUCCUCUGAAAAGAGUAGUCAUGUAUCUCAAAUGUGAUGUUUGUAAAAUGACCAUUAUGAGAAUGGUUUCUAUUCACAAUAUUCAGGUUGCUCUGAGGAUAAUAAUGCACUCAUUUAAUGCCCUAGGAGUUUUUUCCUUUUUUUUAAGUCGAGUUUACACUGUGCACUCCUGUUUACUGAUACCAAUAUGAAUAAGUUAAUAUUUUAAUACAGCAGUCUGUAUUUAAAUCAGUUUUAAUUUCAAUAUUUCAUUUUCUUUCUGCCCCAUUGCUUUGUAGAACAGCACUACUGCGUAGAUGUCCUGAAAGAAAUACUAGUUGUUCAAUGUGGAACAACUGUGUGCUAUGAAAAUGUGUGAAUUCUAACCCUGCUAUUAUUCAGACCUCUGUCCAUAAUUAAAAGAUGGUCUAUUCAUA